UCUUAACAAGAUAAUAAAAGAAGCGAAUUUGUUAUAGUUAAAAAUGUGAGACAGUCCUUGCGAAGUGCACGAGCGAUUUUAAAAGGCCAUCAGGCUUUGUUUGUUUGUUUCUUAUGAUGGCACUUCUUGCGGUUUCCAAAAAGUCGUCGUGAUUUAUUUACAGUCGAGGAUGAAAGGAGAAAAGAACAAAAGUUUGGAAUGCCCUGAAACGACAAAGAAAGGAAGGAAAACAUACUUUAUUCCGGUGUAUAAAAAUGGUCAAAAUGUUUCAGACACAGAGGAUAUGGGAAAACCAACGUCAUCUGUAAACAAUUCCAUACGUGCAGUAUCGAAAAAUGGAGAAUGCAACAUCUUCCCAACAAGAGUACCCAAGAAACAAUUUAUUCGCGACAUUUUUACAACUCUCCUAGAUCUGAAGUGGAGAUGGACACUCACCGUCCUCACCUUGGGGUUCUUCGUGUCCUGGUUCCUCUUUGGAAUAGCCUGGUGGUUGGUAGCCUUCUUCCACGGAGAUCUAGAGGAAGCGCACCUGCCUAUGAACCAAGCAGCUUCCAACUUCACUCCAUGCGUUCUUGAAAUAUACGGCUUCAUGUCGUGCUUCUUGUUUUCAGUAGAAACCCAACAUACUACUGGAUACGGCCAGAGAACCCCAACGGAGGAAUGUUUUGAAGGCGUUCUCUUGAUGUGCAUCCAGAACAUCGUCGGGCUCGUCAUAGAAGCUUUCCUAGUUGGCAUCUUCUUCGCAAAAAUAACGAGACCCAAACUCAGAACGCAAACGUUAAGGUUCUCCAGAUACGCAGUCAUCUGUCAACGCGACGGCGUUCUCUGCUUGAUGUUUAGAGUCGGAGACAUGAGAAAAAAGAGCAGGAUCAUCGAAACAAAAAUCAAAGCACAACUGAUCCGACCCAGGAAGACUAAAGAGGGUGAGACCUUGAACAACUUCCAAACAAAACUCUUUGUAAGUGCCGACGAAUGCGAUGGAGACCUUUUCUUUAUCUGGCCCAUGUGCAUAGUGCAUAAAAUCGACAAGAAAUCUCCCUUGUACCAUCUUUCAGCCCAAGAUUUGCAGAAGGAGAAAUUCGAGAUUGUCGUGACGUUGGAAGGCACCAUCGAGAGUACUGAUCAGAAGACCCAGGCUAGGUCUAGUUAUUUGUCCAGUGAGGUGUUUUGGGGUCACAGAUUUGAACCAGUUGUGGUGCAGGACGAAUAUAUGAGAGGGUACAAGAUAGAUUACGGGGUGUUUGAUAAAAUCGUGGCAGUCGACACUCCUCUUUGUGCUGCUGCUGAAUUAGAAGGAUUGCAUCCUCCAAAUUGUGCAGUUCCUUCAAAAGUAAAUAGAUUUAGAUGACGUCUCCGUAUACCUACAAUAUGUUCACCACGAAUACCAACCCGUAGUUAAAGCAAUUCAGUUAGUAAGUUUUUUUUUUGUUAAUCUGUACCAAAUAUGAUCUCCAAUGUCGAUAUAUUCUCACAUUUUUAGAUUUUAGUGAUAUGUAUACCUU